GGGUUAAAAUAUCCUAGAUGAAUGAGCACGUUGUUUCCGAUCAGGCGUGAAAGUUAUCUAUUACAAGCAGCAGAAGCGUAGUCUAAUCUUUCACUUUUAAAAUGAACCCAAGUUGUUAGGUUUUUGAGGUGGGUCAUGGGUGUGACAGCUCCGAGUCCUUGUAUAAAAGGGUGAUUCGUUUUUGAGGCAGUUUACAAAAGUCUUCUUCAAAACCACUCCAAAACCAUGAGUCUGUCUGCCAAGGACAAAGCCGCUGUCAAAGCCUUCUGGGCCACGAUCGCCCCAAAGGCUGAAGACAUCGGUGGCCAAGCUCUGUUCAGGAUGCUGACAGUCUACCCGCAGACCAAGACCUAUUUUUCCCACUGGAAUGACUUUAGCCUUGGCUCUGAGCAAAUAAAGAAGCACGGAAAGAUGGUUCUGUCUGGCGUGGGAGAGGCUGUCGACAAAAUCGAUGACCUGACAAAUGGGUUGCUCAACCUAAGCCAGCUGCAUGCUUUCCAGCUGCGUGUUGACCCGGCCAACUUCAAGAUCCUAUCCCAUAAUUUGCUUGUGGUUCUGGCCCUCCUGUUCCCCGCUGACUUUACUCCUGAGAUACAUGUGGCUAUGGAUAAGUUUCUCGCUGCCGUGUCCCUGGCUCUCUCCGAGAAGUACAGAUAAGAAGUUCUGCAGGCCAAAGAACAGAGACAUCCACACGCACAAUAUUUCUUUCUCAGAUCUAGUAAUUGUCCUCGUUUGAUCUAAAUAAAAAACAAUAUGAUUUUUGCCUGUUAUUAAACAUGUUAUGUGUCUUCUAUGAAACUUUG